UAUCGCUUUGAUUUGGUCUUGUUUCGACCUAUUGUAAUCCAUUGUUACUGCAGUUGCCAUUGUCAUUUAAUCCGUCUUUGUGGUUAGACUCGAAAGAAACAAAACUACUUUGUUCUUGCUCAAGUCAUUGCAUUCAGUUAUCAGGCAAGCCGGUUUCCAACUUUGUUUCCAGCUUUGUUUUUAACUUUGUUUCCAAGACUCGUUUCCAUACAAAAUCCAACUGUCAACUUAUCAAGUGCAGAUGUCAUUUGUCCAGCAACAGCUCGGAAAUGUGUGGGCUACUGCUACGUAUCAACACUAUGAUAAUGAUGCCAUGAUAGCUGGUAAACCAAUUCAUCCUGCUGCUCCUAUUUCUAUUGCUACUCCUUCCCAUUCACCUAUAGGACCCAUUCGAUCCGUCAUCAACCGCUCUCAUGCUAAAGACAUUGCAUCACUCAAGCGUCGUCGUCGCUCUUCAUCUUCAGGACAUGUGCUUCUGACUCCUGAACCAAACGAGGUUGAUGUCCAAUCACACCCACAUCCAUUUCAAUCUCAACAGUCGCCUUUACAUCAGUCGGACACUAUUCAAUCACAGGAUCAACAGAAUCACUAUCUUCAACCAAUGCCUCUCUUGUUCUCCUUUGACGAUCAGCCUCAGCAUGAUUCGCCUAUGUUAAUGCCUUUGGAUUUACAUUUUCCCAAGCAGUAUCAGAAACAAAUGCUGCGUCCACGCCCAUCUUCAACUCAGUUCAAUGCAGACUCGAGACACUCGUGGGCAUGUUCAUCCGUCACCCUUUCUGCAGAAACAGGAUUGGCUGUAUUGGAUCCAUUUGUAUCAGACUAUUUACGUGAAUCUAGUGGGUGUGGUGGUUAUAUUGAUGCUUGCCAUAGCACAAACCAAGUUGGAUUUGAUGAUCAAAAAGAACUAAAUUUAGACUUGCAGGAUCCUUCCACUCCCACUACAGCCGUUGACUCUAUGAAUGCCCUUGACUGUGCUGAGAUGUUAAAUACCGUUCACUCAAUUGGCACUGUUGACUCGCGAGACACGUUGGAUGAUACAUUGUUGCUUCUCCAAACUGCACCUCCUACAUUGGCUCUAUUCCAAACACUUAAUCUGAACAAUGACUCUAAUUGUAUCCAUAGUGACAUGGAUCAAAAACCAACCCAAUUUCUCAUGGCCACUGCCAACAGUAUCGACCAGCAAAAUCCUGUAAAUGUAGCUGAUGAAUCUUUUGGCUGUUGCAAUUCCGAGUUGUGUGCUGGUAACAUGACUGCUCAGGAAUUUGCUCGUGCUGUCGGUAUAGAAAUUUUGGCGAGUUGUGACGAUGAAGAUGACAUGUUGCGUGAAACGGCCUCUCAACUUUCCUCAUCUCGUACACUAUAUCAACACGUAGAAUCUAGUAUUCAUUCUACAUCUCCAAUAGAUUCAGCAACCAUGUCUUUUUUGCCAUCUCCGCAAUCGUCCAACCAAUAUUUGACAGUUUCAAGCAACUCCAUCUCUACUUUGACUACUUCCCCUCGGUUGGCGCACUCUGAUUAUCAUCUAUCCGUUACGUCACAAUUGUCAAUUUCAUCCAAUCGCAGCUCAAAAUACAGUUCCGGCCCACGGCUGGACAUGAGUAUUUUUGAGCCCCCUCCUCAUUUAAUGGUUCAAACACCUCCCACGCAUAGUGGUUCUGACAUGCGACCACUCGUGUCUUUAAAUACUGUGCCAGCUGGAUCUUUUUUUCAUACAUCGCCUCCAGCCUCGUGCUCUACUUUGUCUCCUUCAGCCUACGCUGGAUCUGCACGAUUAGGCACUCCUUUAAAGCCAGCAACACCAUGGCUCACUACUACCUCAUCAGAAUCGCCCUUGCCAGAAAAAAAUACAAACAAAAGCAUUGAACAACUGAAUAUCAACACUACUACUAAUAGUAAUACUACUGUUGGGAUUCGCAGAGGGCUUCGCCGUCUUCAUCCAUCCGUUAUUACACCCACCGACUGUUCUAGUCUGUCCGGAACAGAUUCAGACAACGAUCCAUCCACUCCAACCAAGGCACCAUUGCCCAGGCGUGGAUUUCGACACAAUUAUACCAAAAGUUGUGCUCCAUCAAGAUCAUCUAUGGCUUUGUCCCCAUUAAUUGGGUCACCUUCAUCCCCAUCCUUACAACAAGAACUAGGUUCAGAGGAUUCUCAAUCAGAAUUACCGUCCAACUUUAUGAUGUUUUCUGGUAUAAUGCCAAACCAAACAGUGAUUCCUCCAUCCCAUCGCAAACCAUCUCUUGGCCAUUUGAGACGACACUCGGAUGGUACAGACGCGUUCUCAUCUUCAACGCGACAGUCAUCAUCAGUGGGUAAAUCUCCACUAUCGAUGCUGGACGAAUUUGCUCAGAUUCAUCAAAAGGGAAGGUUUACAGUCACUCGAGAACAGAGUUCGUACUGGAGACCUUUGCAACGACGAACCAUUAGUAGAUUCUCUCUAGUGGAUGAGUGUAUUGCAGAUGAGGAUGAAAAAGAAGUAUCAUCUGUAUGUGUUGAUUCGCAUAAUGAUGGCAAUAAGAAUGUUGAAAACGAGCUUGGCCGACCCAGUCGGUUUAGGUACGGAACGCAAUAGCAUUCAAUCGAGUCUGGAUUUUCCCAAAGUGUUUGAUGUCGAUUAUUUUACAGCCGUAUUCACUUAGUAUGGAGCACUUUGUAUCAUCUUGCAGGAACUGCCUUUAUUUUACCUGGAAUAGACAAUAAUUAAAUAUUCGCUGCGCCUUACUACAAAUUGGCUGUUUCUUCAAUAGACACUUUCGACUCUUCAAACAAGAUCCAUCAUGAUACUAUAAUUUUGAAUUGAAAUUCUCAACUUAUUUUUCCAUUUUUGGCAGUCAUACAUUGUAUGAUCAUCAAGCUUGCUCAUUGUGUGCUCUAAUUCAAACAUCGUACAUUCCAAAAUACAAUUGCUGUUUCCACGCC